AUUUAUUAAAACAAAAAUUUCAAGCAAAAUUUGUGAAAAUUCAGCAAAUACCAAUAAAAACAUGGAUAUCACUCUAUUACCCUCACCACCGGCCACACCGCCAUUGUGCGAAAACAAAAAUGAAAAUAACUCCAAUACAGUAUCCCACAAUUUGGAUGAUAAGCUGUUAAAAGCAAAAUUACAACUACAAUUAGAUCAGCAACAACAAAAACACCACAAAUCAUCCUCAAAUCCAGGGCUGAUAACACCACAACCCUCAGAUACAGAAGAUGAUGAUGGUAGUAAACCACCAGCAGUGAAGAAGCCAAAAUUGGAUAUACCCACACCGGCCACAACACCUAACAAUUUAUUGGGUCAACAGCAGCGGGCCAGUGUGAUCAUGCAUGUCAAUAGUUCGGGCAUUUGUUCGUCCAUCGAUGAAAAUUCCUGUUCAUCAACCAUAUCCAGUAUCUCACAAACCAACAGCACAGUAUCAUCCUGCUCGUCCACCUCCUCUUUGUCUGCCUCAUCAUCCUGCUCCUCCGCCUCAUCGAUAGCAUCAUCGGAUAUUGAUGAUUCGGAAACGAAUGUAUGGCGUAGUUUAAAAUUUAAAAUGAAUCGUAAACGUACAGCCACAGAGACUACAGACUUUAAUUCCGAUUCGGAAUUGACACAGGAUGUUGUCAAGGCGUCCACAUUGGAGGAAGUGAAAGAAGUUACCCGCAUCGAACAAAAAGUAUUAGAAGAAACCAAAAAUCCCGAACUAAAUAAUUCCCAAUCAACAAAUACCACACAAUUCCGUUUUACAUUGCCAAAUGCAAGUCCAGCUGCUGCUGGGCAAAAUGUGGCCCUGCAAUAUCAGUUAGUGGCCCCGAAGACAAAUUAUUUGUUGGCCGAUACAAAUGCCACGGCCCAAUUUUUGUUGCUGAAUCCCAAUGUGUUGUUGCAAAGUUUAGGCAAUAACAACAACACCACUUCCCGCCCCAUUAUUCCUGCCGUUCCAGUUGCACCUCAAAAUUCAACACCCGCCACCACAACAUCCAUUGCUGCUCCUUCUGCCGCUCCCUCUGCGGAACGUAAACGCAUUUAUGAAUGCAAUCACCCGGAUUGCGGUAAAAAUUAUUUCAAAUCCAGCCAUUUGAAGGCCCAUCAGCGAGUACACACCGGCGAACGACCCUUCAUCUGCAAAUGGGAAAAUUGCGAUAAGCGUUUCUCACGUUCCGAUGAGCUUUCGAGGCACAAGCGUACCCAUACGGGCGAAAAGAAAUUCGUUUGCCAUGUCUGCGAUAAGAAAUUUAUGCGCAGCGAUCAUCUGUCGAAGCAUGUGAAGAGACAUGCCUCAAAACGUCAACAGGACGGAAGUCGGAAUGGUAUGGCGGCGGCUGCUGCAACAACUCCAUCUGUUGUGAAUGCUUCCAGCAGUCUUGUGGUUGAAAACAACCCUCUGAUUAAACAUUUGAGACCUAUUGCACCAGCAACCGCUUGCAACACUACCACCACCACCCAGUCUACAAAUAGCCUGAAUACAGUACAAAUUAAUGGAACCAAUACAACAUCUGCCCUGCAACUACAAAUCUGUAAUGCCUCGGAUUUGUUGAGCUUACAGCAACAGGUGGCGGCUGUGAAUUUCAGCCCAAUGAUACCGCAGCAGCAGUAA